ACCGUCGAGACCUUUCCAGCGCUGCGCCUCUUCCGUGCCCUGCAUGCUGCGGCGAAGACGCGCAAGCGGCCGCAGCAGGUCUUCGAAAUCCGCCUGCCCAUGGGUGAUGCGCGGCGAGCGCUCCUUGCGUCGGUGCAGGCGGCGCUGUGGACGCCAGGGCCGCGCUCCGCGGGCUCCGGGUUGGCUGCCGGAGCGCUGGCGCCGCAGCUCAGUGCGCUGGUGGGUUCGGACUUGGCAGCGCGGGGCUAUGCCGUGGCAGAUGGGGUACUGUCUGAGGAUGCGCGGUCAACAUUGUUGGAGAAUCUGCAGCAAAGCACCAUGUGCCCCGGGCGCAACAAAGGAUCUAUCCGUGGAUAUGUAAAGAUCCGAGGCUUUAUGGCUGUGAAGGAUUCGGCCACAGGCGAUCUUCCCAUGUCCGAGGAAACCAUGGAGGGAAGCCGCGCGGUUCCGGUGGUUCCGGUGGUUCCAGAUCCUCUGAAACCCAAGUCAUCCAAGUCCAGUGGGGUGGUACCUGUGGUACCUGAAACUCUGGAGACAGAUGAGCAGGUGAUGUUGAACUACCAGAUGGCCGUCUUUUUCUUCGCGUGGCUGGACGUGCUGUCCACCCUGCUGAGUGUCUUGACCUUCUACGCCUGGCCUUCGACGAAGGGCCUCCAGCUCUGGCAGUCGCUGUUUCUGCUUCUGCUACUGGCCUGCGGAUACCUGGGGGCCUCCAAACUCAAGAGGUCCCUGGUUGGCGUCUUCGUGGCGUCGUGCUUGCUGAAAGCCAUGCUGCAGAUCACUUACGCCGUCUAUUCGCUCUAUUUCUGGACGAUGUUGUUCGCUUUCUUGCAGUGUUGGAUCACCAAGAUUGCUGGGACCUUCUGGUAUUUCUUGGGAAAGGUCCCGAAGGAACGACGACGUGAAGUGCGCCUUGCAUGCGGCUCCACGGAGACCAUGCAGGUUCUUCUUCCUCCCCUUGGGAAAUGCUGGGUCAGUGGAUGGACGCCCAAAGAGAUAGGUAACAGGAGGUAUUCGCUAGAUGACAGGUACCACCAGCUGGAUCCCAGUGGUGCCUUCCUCUUGGCCAACCUGGCCUUCAUGGAGGACCAUCAGCUGCUACGAGACCUGGUGCGGCAGCUGGAACAGGUCUUGCCGAUGCUGGGCGACUUCUGCGACGUCGCGGUCGCCAAAGCGCUGGGUGAGGGCAGAGCGCGUAGAGCGUUCCUGGCGUCCGGGGCAGAGGUAACUAUGCUACUAUGGUUGGUUCCCUCGGAAAAGUCGCCGGCGCUGUACUUCCCAGGGUCAAAAGCAACUGUCAGUUAUGCGGAGAAUCGGGCCGUGUUCUGGCGGGACGAAAGUGAUUCGACGCCAGAGUGGCUCCCCGAUGCGUCCUGGACGUGUCUUGGAUGUCUGGAACCCAGGGUUUUACCCUCUGGUUGUUCAUGGUUUUCACCGUAA